UUACAAAUGUUUUAUCAUCAGGGAAAAUUUUUCGAAGGCCUUUUUUAAAUUUUCACCUACAUGGAAACGGAUCGAUACCCGACCAGCAUAUAAUUAGCGGUACGGUACAUAUACCCCAGCAUAUACCGAUAGUUUAAGUUCACCUGUACCCAGUUUGCUUUGAUUUCUAAACGUUCGGCGGGUGGGAGUGGCGAGACUUUUUUGGUGUACCAAUUAAGUGGAUUUAGUGUGCACUUCGUUUGAUGGAAGAAAAAUAAUAACACGAUGAAGUGUUUGUGCAGUUUUCGUAAUCAGUCUGUAAAUUUGCAAUUUAUGUGAAGAAAAAGUUUUACUUAUCACUGCAAAGCAAGUGUUAUUCAAGUACAAUUCCGGAUACUAGGUAUAUACUAUAAUAGCUCAUUAGUAGACGGACCCGGACUGUGAGUUUCUUGUAUGAUAUUGCUGAUCACAAGUGGAUUCUAUAAGUACAUUAUAUAUGUGAAUCAUCACUUGAAAAAAAGGCCCCGGAAUUUGUGGAAAUCUCAUAACACACCGUAUCAAGCAGUUAUCACAUAUAACGCGAAAUCUGAUAAAGAUUUCUUAUGUGUUGUGUACACCGCAUGUCGAUUCAGCAAUACAACGACAUAACUAACCGGAGCGAAUUGAUACAGUUCUCGGAUUUCACAUUUUCUGCUUGCUAGCAAUAUAAUAGGCGGCUAGCAGUCAUCUAACCGGCUUCAAACUGGACUGGAAAAUGGUAACAACGCCCUAUAUCAUCAAUGAAAUCUACGACAUCAUUCAGAAGUCGACGGCCUUUGAGCUGACACUGGAAGCUCUGCUGGCGCUCGGUGUGAUAUGGAUUGUGCUCCACAAGCGCAAUGGAAAACGAGAAAGGCAGCUAUCGCCCGAGCAAAAAGCAAAGCUGCUGGAAGAUUGGAUUCCCGAACCACUGGUCGGAGAUGUUCCCAGUAAUCACUCGGCCCUUCACACGCACGUUGUUUACGGCAAGGUUGGGAAGGUGAUCAACAUUGAUGGAAAACAGUGUCUGAAUUUAGCGUCGCAUAAUUACUUGGGAUUGCUGGGCGACGAACAGUUGGAGGAGGAAGCCAUCAAGAGUUUACGUAAAUAUGGUGUUGGUUCCUGUGGGCCACGCGGGUUCUACGGCACUGUUGAUGUUCAUCUCGAACUGGAGGAACGUUUGGCAAAAUUUAUGCAAGUUGAGGAAGCCGUCGUUUACUCGUAUGCUUUCUCCACUAUUGCUAGUGCUAUUCCAGCCUACGCCAAGCGAGCCGAUAUUGUGUUUGUAGAUGAGUACAUAAACUUUGCUAUCCAAAAAGGCUUGGAUGCAUCGCGAAGCAAAAUCGUCUAUUUCAAACAUAACGAUUUGGCUGAUUUGGAACGUUUGCUAGAAGAACAAGCGGUUGAGGAUAGACGAAAUCCGAAAAAAGCAGCUAAACGAAGGCGCUUUCUAGUAGCGGAAGCUAUCUACAUGAACACGGGAGAGAUUUGUCCGUUACCGCAGAUGGUGGAACUGCGAAAGCGCUACAAACUGCGUAUGUUCCUGGACGAAAGCAUUUCCUUUGGUGUCCUGGGUGAGAGUGGACGUGGCCUGGUCGAGCAUUUUAAUGUGGACAAAAUUGAAGUAGAUCUUCGAUCAGCAGGAUUGGAGUGGGCAGCUGGUACGAUCGGAGGAUUUUGCGCUGGUUCUUCUUUCAUUGUGGAGCACCAGCGAUUAUCCGGAUUGGGUUACUGCUUUUCCGCAUCUCUGCCACCUUUGUUGACUCAGGCUGCCAUCAAUGCUCUCGAUAGGUUCGAAAGUAAUCCAAAAAUAUUUGUCGAAUUGCGGGACUGUUGCAAGAAAGUGUCGGAAAAACUGCCUUCACUCGUUGACUUCAGCUGUCGUGGAGAUCCUCUAUCGCCCGUAAAACAUCUUUACCUCAAGAAACAGUAUGAUACAGUCACAGAAAAGACACUUCUAGACAAGAUUUCUAGAGAAUGCAUCGAUACCGGCCUGGCGGUCAUCACUCCGGAAUAUUUGGAGCACAUGGAGAAACACUGUCCGCGACCCAGUAUUAGAUUGACGGUUAGCCGGCUUCUGACUGAUGCCGACAUUGACGGAGCGCUUCGGAUCCUGCAGCAAGCGGCGACAAAGGUGUUAGUAGCGGCCUCGUAAUUUACCAACCAAAAAAAAAAAAACGCUCCCACACAAACAACGAUACCUAUGCACACAGACAGUAACACAGCAUGUUCAGUUUAACAUUCAGCUGCCUUUCUCUCGGAUGCGAGAAUAAAACUAGAAAUUUGUAUUGCCUCAUUAAACCAAUAACAAGUUUUAGAAUGUAAUUCUAUUUUAAAACAACCAUGAUAACCGCAUGGGCGAUUAGUGUUAUUAUUUCUGCUCAAUUAUUACAGAAGCGUUGUAUGAUAAUGUAUGAAACUUAUAACUUUUGGCUUAAAAACUUAUAAUUCAAUACGGAAACAUGCUUUUUUUUUGCUAAUCUACAUACAAAUAAUUAGUUAGUUUGGUUGCACUUUCUGCAACCUCAAAUAGGAAAAACUACAACCAGUUCUUUGGUUCAACAUUCUAGUAAUACCAAAUUCCCUUACAACUAUCGAUCUAAUUAUCAUAAAGUGUGUUUCGAUUUUAUUACCAUUUUUCUCAAACAAUGUUAAUGUAAUCUAAACAAUAAAGGAUUCCAAUAA